UUAAUGCCGCCAGCGCAGCGACGAGGAGACGAGCAGUGUGCUCCUAUCUGCCUGUGCAUCAAUGGCUGCCAUGGCCGGAUCCAUCUGAGCUCCUACUCCCACAUCCGCCGUCUUCUCCAUCCACUUCUCCACCAUUUCCCUCCUUGAAGCAAGGAAGGAAGGAAGAAGGGAACCAGGGAACACAAAACCACCCGACCCGACCGGAGAGAGAUUUUUCUUUCUUUCUUGUUUCUUCCUCCCCCAUCUUCCCUUCCUUUUUCGUCUCUCUCUCUCUUCCUCUGGUUAAUGGUGGCAGCGCUGCUAGCUGCUCCUGUCUGGCUCUGGUGAUAGUAUUGCCAGUGCCAGUACUGUCUCGACGUGUUGACUUCUCUGCUCCGCCAUUGAUUUUCGAGAUAGAUCGGAGCCAGCCAAGGGAGGGCUCUGGAUUCAAAUCCACACGCGCUCGCGUUUCUUCGAUUUGCUCCUCUCUCCGCCGCACAAGCACUAGCACGUAGGGAGGCCAUGGUGGCCGAGCCGCUGGUGCACAAGGUGCUCUCCAUGGCCACCACCUCCCUCUCCAACAAGAAGGCCAGCAAGAAGGACGGCGCCAGCGGCAGGGUCGGCAUCCUGUCCUUCGAGCUGGCCAACGCCAUGUCGCGCGCCGCCAGCCUCCACCGCUCGCUAUCCGCCGCCGAGGCCGCGCGCCUGCUCGGCCCGCUCUGCCUCGGCUCCCACGCCGUCCGCGCGCUCGUCCCGGGCGACGACGCGCGCCUCCUCGCCCUCGCGCUCGCCGAGAAGCUCGACGCGCUCAACCGCGUCGCCGCCGUCGCCGCGCGCCUCGGCCGCCGCUGCGCCGCCCCGGCGCUCCAGGGGUUCGACCACGUCUACGCCGACCUCCUCGCCGGCCGCUCCCCUGCCUCGGCCUACCCCUUCUUUGCCCCCGCGUCUCAGUCCGAGGCGGCGCUCCUCCGCCAGCUCGACCGCCUCGCGGCCACCACGGCCGGGCUCUACGCCGAGCUGGACGCGCUCGCUGACCUCGAGGAGUCGGCCCGCAAGCUGCCCACCGACGAGGCCCGCCGCGCGCUCCUGCAGCGCGCCCGGUGGCGGCGCCAGGACGCGCGCCGGCUCCGCGACGCCUCGCUCUGGGGCUGGACCUACGACAAGGCCGUGCUCCUGCUCGCGCGCGCCGUCUGCGCCGUUUACCACCGCAUCCGCCUCGUCUUCGGCGACCCCAUGCGCGGCCUCGACCCCCUCCUUGUUCACGACCACAAGGACCGACAGCACCACCAGAGCAGCCGGCAGCUCUUCUCCGGCCCGGUCACCCCAGCCAAGUCGGGGCCGAUUAUCGACAGGGUCGCCGCCGACGCGGACCCGCCACAUCCAAAUCGGCUCCGGUCCAACUGCGGGGGGAACAUGUUCAUGGAGUGCCUGAGCCUGAGCAGCUCGGCGGCAUGGAAGGACGACAACGGGUUCGACGACGACGACGGGUCCUUCUUCUCAGGGGACGCCAGCAGUUGCAUCAGCGCGAUCAGGUCAGGGAUGCUGGCGGCGCCGCCGUCCAGCGGCGAAGAGCAUGACGCAGCCAAGAACGGCACCGGGAGCAGAAGGAGGAGGCCUCACCCUCACCGGCGGUUCGGGCCGAAGAGCACGGUGACCUCGCUGGCCCCGACGUCGACGGUGGGCGGGUCGGCGCUGGCAUCGCACUACGCCAACAUCAUCAUCAUCGUGGAGAAGCUGGUGCAGUACCCGCACCUGGUGGGCUCGGAGGCGCGCGACGACCUCUACGGGAUGCUGCCGUCGAGCCUCCGGUCGUCGCUCCGCCGGCACCUCCCUCGGAACCUGGGCAUCUACGACGCCUUCCUGGCGCACGACUGGCGGGAGGCGCUGGAGAAGACGCUGGCCUGGCUGGCCCCAAUGGCGCACAGCAUGAUGCGGUGGCAGGCCGACCGGAGCUUCGAGCAGCAGCACAUGGAGGCGGUGCAGCUCCACAGGGGCGGCAAUGGCAAUGGCAACGGCAACGUGCUGCUGCUGCAGACCUUGUAUUUUGCCGACAGGGAGAGGACGGAGGCGGUGCUCUGCGAGCUGCUCGUGGGGCUCAACUACAUCUGCCGCUACGAGCAGCAGCAGAGCGCGCUGCUCGACUGCUCCAGCAGCAUCGACUUGGACGACUGCGCCAUGGAUCAGUGGCACCACACCACCAUGGAUCAUCACUAGCAAGAAAGAUCAGAUGUUGAUAUUUCUCAAUAUAUAUUUGGUCAAACUUUGUAAAGUUUGACUCGACACAAAUAUAAUAUGCGGAGUAAAAAGGAUCGGAGGUAUGUGGAGGUAUGUAAACAAUCCGAAAACAGGAAUGUGUGACAGAUUUGUGGUUGCCUCAGUGCAAAAAACAGAGGAGGUGAAAUUGUCCAAACUGUUUGUUGCUGGUUGGUUGUACAUAUGUGUAUCAUCGAACAAACUGAAAAUGGAAGCAUCUAGCAUAGAUCAUUUGAGAA